UGUUAAAAGUGCCUUAAAUCACCUUUCUUCCUCAAUCUGAUGCUCGAUUUGAAGCGGUCUUCAACAUGUCUACAUCCCUAAGUGCAUUGAGCUGCCCUCAUGUCAUUAGAUAUUUGUUGAGGAGCAGGAACCCAUGUACCUAAUGAAGUGGCCGAUUUGAUCCCAGUCCGAGCAUCCCCCCUCUCCUGCUGACACCCUUCACCCUGUGUGGCCUCGAAGCCUGAACACGGCACUCUAGCAAAAUCCAGAGGGCCAUCAUGGAGGAUCGUUCAUCCACACAGUCUUUCUCCAACCUCAACCGCCAUCGCCCAUCCUUUUCUCUUACCUUUCCCAGCUGUCAAGGCUCCGAAGUGGGAUAUCUGUCAUCUCAGCCUGGCCAGGAUCCCCUGGAGCAGUAUGAGUGUAGGGGGGAAGAAUCCACUACUUCAUUCCUGACAUCGAACACCUCCUCUGCGACGAGGAAGACGAGUACUGGGGGCGACAGAGGGUUCCUGAGCACAAGUGCUAGCAGUUUGGACGGAGCUGCUAGUUUUGGAGGCCAUCUUGAAGGAGAUAGCGACUUAGGUGGCCAUUUUGACGAGUCUUGGUGGCAAAAAUGUGGCAAAAAAGAAGUCUGGGAGGAUAAGGAGAGUUGUGAAAGCUCUGCCAAUGGGAAAGGUGACUGCUACGGUAACACAAACGAUGUUUUUUACACAAUAAACUGUUCCAGUGAGGAGGGAGCAAGGCGUAGAGUCAGAGCAACCUGUAAUAAUUAUGCUCAUGUAAAGAGUGAGGCUAAAAGUGACACAGUUUAUAACAGGGAGGCUAACAUUAGCCACUUUUCUAAACAAACCGCCUCUUAUAACAGAAUCGGUGCGGUCAGCUUUAAUGACAGCAGUGUGGAGUAUUGUGAGAAUUAUUUGGGAAGAGACGAAAAUUACGAGUCCAGUUGUUGCUCAGGUGAGGAGCACUUUCAGUCGGCAGAGGCUGAGGGAGCUUGGCUUAAUGUGUCUCCCUCGAGUCAGGGAGAAUCGAGGUGGAGAGCGGCAGCAGUCAACCACACGUUGGCCUCCGGGUGUCUCCCGCAGAGAUCACUUAUUGGCAUCAACAGCAGGACAUACACUCAGAAACUAGACUCUUUCUCUGAGGCCUUUCUCUCCCAGCGAAAGAGAAGAUUUCCUCUGAUUCCCAGUGGAGACGCCACUGGACAAAUCUGGGAAUUUGGUGUAGGGAGAGGAGAAACCUCAGGAUUGGUCAAGUCAAGGCAAAGCUGUGCUUUUGACUCAGACUCCUACCUGCCUCCUUCUUCCUCCUCUUCUUCCCCCGCUCACUCCUCCUCUUUUCCAUCUUUCCCGUCUCCUCCCACAUCCUCUCACCUCAUGUCUUCUGUUCUUAGCCCUCCUCCCACACCUUUACCUCCUCCUUCCCACUCGCCCUCCAAAAUGGACUCCCCCAGUGCAUAUGGGGGCACCGGACAGUCUCUCUCCCAGGCGGGGGAAUCACUUGGUAUGCUCCAGUUUUUUGCCCCCCGCAUUUCAUCUGUACCUUCUGUCCACUCCUCUGGGAUGAUAUGGAAGUUUCCACUGCUGCCUCACAGCUUUCCACAGCCAUCCAGUGACCCUGGCAACACUGAUAGAUCCUCCCUUGGUGACGACUAUGGCGAUAUGACAGCUGUACGCAACAGUCUUCAGUCUCCUGAAUCAACCGUCCUUACUCCCACUUCCCAUUGUUCAUCCCUUCACCCACCCAGAGCCGUCUGCUCCUCCGGUGGUCCAUCACCCAAUGCCUCUUUCCAUCUCCCCUCUCAUCCCCAUCAUCUCUCUGGGGAACAUCACGAGACAUCAGAAAAGUCAAAUCCUCAUGUCGUUGCCCAGAAAGUAAAGAACGGACCAGCCAGUCUGAACCAGUCGCACCUGCAGCAACAAGACACUCCAGUCUACACUGGAAGGCCCUUCCCCAGCCUACUUCACUCCUACAGAGGACAGAAGAGGGGCCGCUACACUCCUCAUCCACUCCUCAAUCCGGCCCGCAGAGGAACCGGGCUCUUCUCCUCCAUUUCAUGUCUCCAUCACAGAGAGGAAGAAACAGCAUGCGGAGAGGAGGAGGAGGAGUGCAGCGUGUUAUCAUUUGUCAAUGUGGGUCCAGAUUUCCAGGCAAAUCUUCCUCCAUGCUUUGCUGAUGGGAGGCAGUCAGGGCAGUGGCUACCAGAGGAAGGCUCCCUUAAGGAACAGCUGCUCUGGAAACCACUGGACAAAAAAGAAGAAGCUGGUGGCUUACCAGGUCAAGUGGAGAAGAUGCUGUCAAUGUGCAGUUCCAGCUGCCUACCAGGGGGAGGCAGUAACGCCGAGCUGGCUCUGCACUGUCUGCACACUUGUCAGGGAGACACAAUGGCUACACUGGAAAUGCUGUUGUUCUCACAGCCGUCACCAGCAGGAGACUACCACUACUCAGGCUGUGAUUUUUGGACCGAUACUGAAAGGACGCUCUUCAGUGAAGCUCUUGGGUCUUGUGGAAAAGACUUUUCACUCAUACAGAAAAUGGUGAGGACCAAGACAGCGCGUCAGUGUGUGGAGUUUUACUACCUGAGUAAAAAACUGCAGGACAAGCAGAAGAAACAAAAGGAGGAGGAGGGGAGAGAUGCAGAGCUGGAGCAGCAGAAAAGUGUGAGGCCCAUCUGUCAGCCAGUGGACAAACAGUUUGCUCUGGAGGGGGCUGUUCCUGUACCCUCAUUGGCCAGCUUCUUCCCCUGCAAGCUGUGUGGCAAAAUGUUCUACAAAAUCAAGUCUCGCAACGCUCACAUGAAGAUCCAUCGCCAGCCUCAGGAGGACUGGACCGACAGGCGGCUGCAGCACCAGCUCCUCACCCAGCGUCUCGCCCUCAGUCGUCCCACCAACCUCAUGCCCACCCCAGCCAGUAAUCUGCUCCCGGCCCAGGCUCCAGGUCCAGCAUUUUCCUCCUCUGAUUUUGCUGGAACGAGCAGCAACAGUAUUGCAGACAGCGUCCGCAAUUCUGUGACCAGCGGCAACUCGGGUGUUCCUAGCAAUGCUAAUGUCCUAGAUCCCAGCACGGUUGCAUCAUAUAGCAACAUUGCUCCUCCAGACACUCACGGGAUCGCCAGUAUUAAUGGCAAUGACUCGAAUCAAAGAGAGUCCACCACUGUGUUACCCUUCCACCAGUCAUGGGGCUCCUUUGGACAUCCUCCGGAGCCAAGUGCCUUCUACUGCAACACAGAGGGGAAGGAGGAUGUGGGAGCUGGGACAGUAGGGGGGAAACAGACAGCUAACUGGCAGUAGUGGUCAACUGUCCCACAAGCAUUACCACCACAGAGGUCUGAAACCUGUUCAAACUGUGUUUUUUUAUUCAAACUCGUGUUUUAUUCAAACAUCAGUACUUUUGGCUGCCCCACAUAAACAGCAGGCAGCAGCUAAACAGUAUUAAACAUUUUUUAAAAAGAUGUUUUUGUUGUAAAUGAUGUACUUAAAUGUGUUACAUAUUUAAUUGUUUGAUAAGCAUUUGAUAUUUGACCAAAGGUUUCAACCUGAUGAUUGUUUUUGAUGUUUCUGAGCUUGUU